AUGGCUGGAAAUAAUACUGAAGAAGUAGAGGGGUCCGCGACUACAGAGACCAAGGGCACCACAAAUGCCGAAGUACCCCCGGAAUUCCUCAUCAAGCAUCCCCUUCAGAACACCUGGAGCCUCUGGUUCUAUGACAAUGACAGAAACAAGACCUGGGAGGAGAACCUAAUUGAAUUAACUACGUUUGACACGGUAGAGGAUUUCUGGAGAUUAUACCAUCAUAUCAAGCUACCAUCAGAGCUGCGUCAAGGUCAUGACUAUGCCGUCUUCAAACAAGGCAUUCGUCCCAUGUGGGAGGAUGAUGCAAACAAGAUGGGUGGCCGGUGGCUCAUAAGUCUUGAGAAGAAGCAGCGUAACUCUGAUCUGGACCGUUUCUGGUUAGAUGUGGUUCUCCUACUCAUUGGUGAAAACUUUGAUCAUUCUGAAGAAAUUUGCGGCGCUGUUGUCAACGUCAGAGCAAAACUUGAUAAAAUUGGAGUAUGGACAGCUGACACGUCGAAACAGCACGCCAACAUUGAGAUUGGCAGAAAAAUUAAAGAACAGCUUGGCAUCCACGGGAAAAUAGGCUUCCAAGUCCAUCGGGACACCAUGGUGAAGCAUAGUUCGGCCACGAAGAAUCUGUAUACUGUGUAG